UCUCAAAGACUGGACUUUUCAAUGGGCUAACCUCGUUCUUUAAGGUGCGUUUCGCCUUAUUGAACGAUCAACAAUCAUUUUUGUGAAAGGCGUCUGUGGACAAACUGUGUCUGAGCUCCAGGAGGAGGGAAUAAAUGCGAUUAACCUGCCCCUCAGUCCCACACUGUUUGAGCUGGACCCUGAAGACACCAUGCUUGAUGAGAAUGAAGUCCGUGCCAUGGUUGAUCCCAACUCAAGGAACGAUCCCAAACUCCAAGAGAUAAUGAAGGUGCUCAUUUACUGGAUCAAUGACGUGUUGGUGGGACAGCGAAUCAUUGUUAAGGAUCUAGCUGAAGACCUCUAUGAUGGGCAGGUUCUUCAAAAACUCUUUGAGAACCUGGAGGGAGAGAAGCUGAAUGUGGCUGAGGUGACUCAGUGUGAGAUCGCUCAGAAACAGAAGCUGCAGACAGUUCUGGAAAAGAUCAGUGACACUCUCAAAAUUUCCUCCAGGAACACUGAAUGGAAUGUUGACUCUGUUCAUGCUAAGGACAUUGUGGCCAUUCUUUCUCAGUAUUUCUGGGCCCCUAUCAGACUGCCAGACCAUGUGUCCAUUCAAGUUGUAGUGGUUCAAAAACGAGAAGGAAUACUUCAGUCUCGGCAGAUUCAGGAGGAAAUUACAGGCAACAUAGGGGCAUUGUCUGGAAGAUAUAAACGAGAUGCCUUUGAUACACUUUUUGACCAUGCACCAGAUAAACUGAAUGUGGUGAAAAAGGCAAGUGCAGAUUACACACUAUUUCUUGAGAGGUUUUACAAACGGAGAGCUUUGACUCUUUGACUCUGAUCUCUUGGUCUUUUUUUUAGACUCAUCACAUUUGUGAACAAGCACUUAAACAAGUUGAAUCUGGAGGUAUCAGAGCUGAAAACUCAGUUUGCUGAUGGCGUGAACCUGGUCUUACUGAUGGGACUCCUAGAAGAAUACUUUGUGCCCCUCUAUAACUUCUUCCUCAUCCC